GAAGGUAGCGGUGGUAAAAUUUCCCCUAGUAGAUGCUGCAGAAACCUGACACCCAAAAUCCUUCCUUUAACCUUUCUUUGCAAAGAGAAAGAGAAAGCAAGCUGCUCCUCAACUGAACCAGGCAGCCUGCUAGAAAACCAACCUCUCUCUAGCAAGUUUUCUCCUUCUCCUUUCCCUUCCUCAAACCCUACAGAGCAACAAGUGUUUCUCCUCCCGAGUUUGAGAUCUCUUGCUGUUUGAAAACCAACCUCAAGCAUGGCAUAUUUCCUCAAGCAUCUCACUGAGGAGAUAAUGGCACUCAAGAAACUGCUGAUUCCACCGGAGUUUAUUAGUAACUGUGGGAGGGUAAAUCUGACCAACCCGGUAGUUCUGGAACCAACUGUUGGAGAUCCACCAGAGGUGGAGUUGGAGCUCUACGAGGAUGCCAGGGGUUUUUGGCUGAGAAAUGGCUGGCAGGAGUUUGCAGAUCGAUAUUCUCUCACUCAUGGCAACUAUCUGCUGUUCGAGUACAAAAGCUUCUCCAGGUUCAAGCUUGUGAUGUUUGGUGCAAACGGGGUGGACGUGAUGUGUCCAGCUUCUAGCUUCCACAAUGUGGGUUCGAAUCGAAAUAACCAGGAGUUUCCAGAGGCUGAGCGGGAAGAAGAGAUCAGGGGCUCACCUGUGGCUGGAGAUGGUGGGAGGCAGCCAGCCCGGCCUCGGUCUGCAGAGAAUGCCAAGCAGAAAACUUUCAUGGCUACUAGGAAGGGGAGAACUGCUGAUGGUGGACAGAGGGGUAAGAGGAGCCAGUUUGGUAGGGAUAGGGCUGAGACCUCACACAUUCCAGCCAUGGCUGAACAUGCUGAAGGAAUGCCAAAGCCAGGGAGGGUAAAUACCUCCACAAGCUCGGUCAGUCCAAGCUUCUUCAUUACCAUAAAUCCAAAUCACAUGAAGAAUCAUUUAGUGGUAGGCUCGCUCAUUUGCCAUCGACCCAAUUCACAUUUCCCUUUUCUUCUUUCAAGCAGGCUUCGCUCAAGAAAAAUUGAUUUCUCCAUUUUUUUUUUCUCUCACUAAAUAUGCAAUAUCUGCCGACUGAUUUCGUGUUCAAACACAUGAAGCUUGAGAAUAGCACUGUGAUGGUUUAUAGUGAUGAUGGGACGGGCGCAUGGCUCUUGUCCUUUGUCUUCAAACAACGAAGUAAAAGCGAACGUGGACGAGGCAUAUUCUGUGGCGGUUGGUCAGCGUUCUGCGAGGACAACUCUCUGAAAUCAGGGGAUAUCUGCCGAUUCAAGCUCAUCUCCCGUGAUGAGAUGGAAGUGACGAUUGAGAGGAAUUGAGUUAGCUUUUCGAACCUCUAGAAUGAAAGCUUUGGUUGUGUUGUGUGUCACCCUUUUGAGUUCCUGAAACUUCAAUGAUGUUGUUUCUGGAUAGAACUCUGCAGUACACUCUGCAUCUAUAUUUCCCCCAGAAUGUAUUGUGAUCGUUUCGUAUUCAUAGCUCUGAAAAUUCCGAAAUCGGAAAUCCAAACACAUCGAUCGAAGUAGCUAAUGAACCAUGAUAUGCUAUAUCGAAGUACCUUUUCACAGAGAAAAUGAUGCACUUGAAACAAGCAAAGGAUCAAAGAAACUUAGC